AUGCCACCCGUCCUCAGAACCCUCUCGCGCACCGUCCUCGGCGGCACCGCGCUCACCCUCGCGCCUGCACUGUACCUCUACCACCGCACCGCGGCCGACCUCGAGGCACGCUACCCUCCGUGUCCACCCACGACGGCCGGAACCCCCGCCCUGCGCGACACCUCCGCCACCCCCUCGCAGCACACUCCAUACACCGACAUCUACAGCGCGCGCGUGCCUGUCCACGGCCUCCACGCCCUUGCCGCCGCGGCCUCCCCCACAUCAGACGGAUCCGGACCGCCGUCGCCUCGGACGGAAGAAAGCCCGACCCCGGCUCCGAGCCUCGAAGACGCGUGGGCGCGCGCGUUCCUCCAGAGCCCCGCGUUGCACUGGGAGGCGCGUCUUCUGGGGCGCACGCGCGACGCCGGCGACACCGGCGCACACGGUUUCGCGCGGGGGCGGCCGCUGCUCAACGGGCUCUUCACGGUGCUCCGCACGCCCGCGGCGGGGGCGCCGCUGCUUGUAGAGUGGCGGAUGGACGGGGGCGCGACGGCGUUCUUUGCGCGGAUCGCGCGGGUCGGAUACCCGUGGCGGCUGAUGGACGGCGGGCGGCACGAGUGGGGGGUGGGCGAGGUGGGGGCGGACGGGACGGUGGAGGUGCGGUUCGCGUGCGCGCAUCAGUACGAGAUUUGGGAAGGGGAGGGGGAGGGGCAGAAGACGGUGCCGGAGUGGGUGAAGAGGGCGCAUCGGGUGUUCGCGAUGUGGUUGUUGGACGAGCGCGCGAGGGCGGUGCGGGAGUGCGCGCUGCAGGAUGGUCGCACGAAAACGACGCUGCCCGUGAGGCCUUGA